AUGGAUAAUUUAUGUAAAUAUCAGAAUAUUUAAGAAUAGAGUGAUAGAUGCUUAUAUGUUUAAACUAAUUGCAAUAAUCAAUCCAAAAUAGCUUUCACUUAACUAUUCUAUUGUCAAUUCAAUGAAAAUUACCUUCUAGUAUUAAUCUUUAUUGUAAAUCUAAUAAUUAUUAUAUAGCCAUUCUUUUUCUUUAUGAUGUUCAACUUGUUAUCAAAAACAGCAGAAAAUUAUUUAUCACCUGCAGUUGCUCAUAUUGCUAAAUAUUUUAAAUUAUCUCAAACACUUUCAGGGUAUAAUUAUAUUUAUAAACUAGAAUUACACUUAUAGCAUUAGCCAAUGGAGCACCAGAUGUAAUUACUGCAAUUAUUGCAACAGGAGAAGAUGAUUAAGGUGUUUUGAUAGCAGUAGGUAGUAUUUUUGGAAGUGGAUUGUUUAUGACUACAUUCGUUUUAGGAUCAGUUUUAUAUUAUUCAAAACAUAUAUUAGUGAAUAAAGUAUCUUUAACAAGAGAUCUUAUAUUUAAUAUUUUAGGAAUUGGAUCUAUUAUUACAUUUGGAUAUAUUGGAUAUAUCUCAAAUCAAUUUUCAAUUCUUUUUGUAUCAUUAUAUUUAGUGUAUAUAAUUGUUGUUAUGUUAAAUGAGAAAUCAGAAAUUAAACAUUGUUAAAAGAAUAUGUAAAUAAUUUAGAAAUAAGAAAAUUAAGAGGAAUAAUAAGGUUUACUCUCAGAACAAAAAUAUUAAUAACCAUAAUAAAUAGAUGAUAUUAAACCUUUCAAAUAUUUUGGAAAUGAAUAAUAAUCAUUAGAAUUUGAAGAACAAUAAGUCAAUUUAUAUCUUACUGAAAGUUGUGAUAAUGAUGAAGAACAAUAAGAAAUCAUUGCUUUUUCAAAAUAAACAAUUAUUUAAAAAAUAUAAACAUGUUUAAAUAUGAUUUUUGAUUUAAUUAGCAAAUAUACAGAAGGAAAAAAGUAAUAAAACAAAAUUAAAACAUCAAUUUAAUUAUUAUUUACUCCUUUAUUAUUAAUAAUUGUCUUAGAUAUUUAUGAUUCAUUAUUAUUUGAUUGUCCAUUAUAUAUAAUUAUAGGAUGUAUAGCAUUCAUUCUGGCAAUAUAUCAUUAUUGUCAUUAAAUACCUUUAAUAGUAUAAUUAAUAAUAUAAUUAGGCAUUAACUAUUUGGAGUGCUAUUUGUUCUAUAGUAUGGUGUAAAUUAAUAGUAGAAAUUCUUGUAGAUUUUAUUGUGGUAAUUCAUUAAUAUAAAUUAAUAGUUAAUCUAAACUUUAACUGGAAUAAGUCCUUCAUAUUUAGGUAUGACCUUUUUAGCAUUUGGUAAUUCUGCAUGUGAUUUCUUGGUUAAUACUUAAUUAGCAAAGAUGGGAUUAGGAAUUAUGGCUAUAACAGGUUGUUUUGCAGGUGCAUUCUUUAAUUUAAAUAUUGGUUUUGGGAUUGCUUUAUUAAAAUAAACUUGGAAUAAUUCUAAUAUAUAAUUUCCUUUGUUUAUUUCAGAUGAUAAUAAUAAUCAUUUAAUAAAUCCAUAGACUACAUUAAUUAUUUAAUUGCUUUUAUUUUUUUCACUUUUAAAUAUGAUAUCAACUUUGUUAUUAUCUAUAAUAUUAAAGUAAAUUUAUUUUAUUAUUAUAUAUAGAUUUUAGCUUAAGAAGUAAUUGUCUUAUUAUUAUUUCACUUAUUAUUUCAUUGUUUUAACCACUCUAACAAUGAUAACAUUUUUUGUUAAUUGA